AUGGGAGAAGGCAUCAAGGCGGGUAGGAACAAAGUCAAAAUACUUUAUUUCAUCCUGGCGACUGGGGGAACAGACCUCGACAGCAGCACAGGCUGCACGGCAACAGUAGGAACAGCACUCACCUUAUCCAGGGCUCUGCCUCCCAUCUCGCACCAUGCAACGAGCAGAUCCUCGCAUCUUGGCUCCUCCCAUCGCGGCACCGCAAUGCACCUUGGUCUAGAUGAUGUCUAUCACUGGGUCAGCUUCCCGAUCGAGAGAGGCCGAUUUUUCCGGUCCAGAUUACUGCAUGCGGUGAGUCUGCACGCCUAG